CCAUCAUACAUCAAAGCUCAAUUCAACAUGCGGCUCUCCACCAUUCUGACUACCCUAACAGCGGUACUCUUCACACCAUCAGCUCUCCCACACCCAACAUCCUCAUCAUUAUCAACAGCUCUCCAAAAUGCAUCAAACACAACUAUCGGCCCCGAAAAUGGACAUCUCGUAAUUGUAGGAGGCAAUCUUCAAAACCCACUCAUCUACCAGAAAAUCAUCACUCUCGCCGGCGGACCAAACGCCUCUAUAAUCGUCAUCCCCACCGCGGGCGGCGAUCCUACCUACGACCAGUCCUUCCCAGCAGCAGCAACUCUCCGCAGUCUCGGCGCGACAAACGUAACAGUUCUCCACACCUACGACCCGUCCGUCGCCGACACCGACGAGUUCGUAGCCCCGCUGUUGUCUGCCAGUGGGAUCUUCUUCGGUGGGGGUCGCCAGUGGCGUCUCGUGGAUGCGUACGCAGGUACGAAAGCUGAAGCUGCAUUUCAAUCUGUGCUGGAUAGAGGUGGUGUCCUCUCUGGUUCGAGCGCGGGCGCGAGUAUCAUGGGUUCAUUCCUAGCCCGUGGUGAUACGGCGAACAACCAGAUCAUGGUUGGUGAUCAUACUGUUGGUUUUGGGUACCUGAAGAACGCGGCGAUCGACCAACAUGUGCUUGUUCGCAACCGGCAUUUUGAUCUAUUCGAUAUCCUGAAAGUAGAACCGGGCUUGUUAGGCAUAGGUAUUGACGAGGAUACGGCGCUUGUGGUUGCUGGGAACGAUGCGGAGGUGAUUGGCAGUACGUAUGCCUUGUUUUACGAUGGUGGGUUUUGGUCUAGAGAGGAAUUGAGUGAGUUGAAGAAUUUGCCGCCGCCGGAGGCGCGAUUUUACUUUUUGAAGGCAGGGGAUCGUUAUGACUUAGGGCAAAGGAAGGUCGUGGUGAGUGCAACUCUGAGUGGGGGUGGUGACGAGUUUUGAUGCGAGGGUUAUCUUGGAGGAAGUAAAGGGGCAAGGACUGGCGGGAACUUUUGAUUCUGCAGGACUUUCCGACGAUAACAAAUUUAUUGGCCUGGUUCGAACUGACUCGAACAGCCAUUCCAAAGAGGAUUUCAAGGAGCUGGCUGAAUUAGCUAAACCACCCGGUUAUUUGUCUUCUCCAUGUCGUCCUAUCUGAAGUGUGCUCUCUAUCGAUACUCAUAAUCAUAUUAUGCCAGUCUUUUUACGCAGAGAUAACAACAUUUCACAGUCAAGCUUCGAUAUGUAACCCAUGAAAUAGAAAGAAUGAUCAGAGUCCCGACCAGGAUUCCCCCUAUUCCCAACGUAGGUUCCUCAGCUUACCAACACUAUAUGAAAAAUCUACUGAGAGUUUUUGAAUCACACACGACACACUACGACAACAACCAGAUUCAUUUGCCUUUGACAGAGCAAAUGUAAAUAGUACGUUGUCAAUACAAAUCCAACUCUGGGAGCUACCACAGAACCACUGGGUAGACUCUUCGCAAGCGCGUAAAAUGAAGGAAACGCAGUAUCGAUGCCCCAAACGAUACAAGUACUUCACCGCCAGUCGAAACAUGUCUUGGUCUUCGACAGCCUAGAGUGUCAUACUACUUGCUGACGGAAAAAUCAGUGGACAAAACCAAGUAUUGAGCGGUCUGGAUCACAAUGGAAAAAUCAUCCCAUUUGUGCAUCGAACAUGCCCGAUUCUAAAGAUAGAACAUACACAUUCGUGGAAGGCGAAGAAAUAAUGAGGCACUGUAACAUUGGCGUUUGGACAACCUAACAAGCAAAGGCAGACGUGCAGAAGUGGCGGUAAAGUAGAUUCUAAACAAGCCAUGUGGCACUCCCACAUCCAUCAUCGCAAAAUGGUCAUCACAUGCCCAUGCGUAUUUCUCGUUUCUUCACACCGAGCCUAUUCGCAUCCAAACACCUCACAGCGCCCCCGCGAAGCUUCAGACCGCUUCUUCCUUA